GUGUGGACUAUCUGUGUUUUCGGCACGUACAAACUGACUUAAUAUCAACCUAUUUUAAUGCGUCAAUAUAAAUAAUUGUACAAAAAUGCAUUGACUAGUGUGAAGUAGAGUUGUAGUUUAAGUUUAAUUUAGUUAUUGGUUUAUCUAUCUAUAAUUUUGAUCUAUGCCAAGUAGGCUGGACAUUGAACCUCAAUACCUUUUUGAUACUGACUGAAUUACGGACAGUAUUUACCUGUCGGUCUGUCUGCUGAGUCACUCGCUCCCCCGUAGACUGUGCUGGUUUUUUCUAACCCUCUUACUGAUGACUGUCUGACUGACUGCGAACCUCCAUCGAUCCUGCCAGCCUCUCCAUCCACCGCUGCACUAUGAGUGUAUGAUGUCUGAGAGCAGCUGCUAUGGCCUGCAGCAGCGGUCAGAGCAAUGCCGAAACUCUGGAGGGGUUCCAUGAGGUGAACUUGGCCUCACCCACCACACCUGACCUUCAGAACCAAGCGGAGCAGCGCCCCCCCGUCCGUCACAGCACACCGCCCACCUCUCUGUACCGCACCCACUCUCUGGGAGCGCCCCCUACUGGCCGACCCACCUCCCUGCGGGCCGACCAGCUCCCCACGCAACCUGUUUACUCCACACCACGGCACAGCCACAAUGGAAGUGUGCCAGGCCAGGAGGCGGAGUCAGUCGAGGGCAACUUCCUGUCUGCAGAGGACGGGGAGGAGUGCAGCGCUUUGAGCGACAGCCUGUCGCGGCUGCGCAGCCCGUCGGUGAUGGAGGUCCGAGAGAAAGGAUACGAGAGGCUGAAGGAGGAGCUGGCCAAGGCCCAGAGGGAGCUGCUGUUGAAGGAUGAGGAGUGUGAGAGGUUGUCUAAAGUCAGAGACCAGCUCGGCCAGGAGCUGGAGGAGCUCACCGCCAGUCUCUUCCAGGAGGCCCACAAAAUGGUCAGAGAAGCCAAUGUCAAACAGGCAAAUGCUGAAAAACAACUGAAAGAAGCCCUGGGAAAGAUUGAUGUCCUCCAGGCGGAGGUCCAGGCCCUGAAGACACUGGUGCUCUCCUCCCCCACCUCCCCUGUGGGCGAGCUCCCCUCUGCAGGAGCUAAGACUCCCUUCAGGAAGGGCCACAGCAGAAACAAGAGCACCUCCUCCGCCAUCCUGGGGUCGCAGCCCGACCCGUCGGCCACGCAGCCCAUCGUCAGGGAGUGUCGAGAGGUGGACAGUCAGCUGUUCAGCGACUUCAAGGCGUGGAAGGAGGAGCCGAAGCUGGACCGGGGCUGCUGCUUCCUGGAGAGAGUUUACCGUGAGGACAUCUACCCCUGCCUCACCUUCUGCAAGAGCGAGCUGGGUUCGGCCAUUUUGGAAGCAGUGGAGCAGAACACGCUCAGUGUAGAGCCGGUCGGCUUCCAGCCGCUGCCUGUGGUCAAAGCCUCGGCGGUGGAGUGUGGAGGACCAAAUGGGCGAAGGGCAGAGCUCGUCACAAAAUGUGCCCUGAGCGGUCAGACCAAAACCUGUAAGCACAGAAUCAAGUUUGGAGAUUCGUCCAACUAUUACUACGUGUCUCCCUACUGUAGAUAUAGAAUCACAGCAGUGUGUAAUUUCUUCACCUACAUUCGGUACAUCCACCAAGGGCUGGUCAAACAGCAGGAUGUGGAGCAGAUGUUCUGGGAGGUGAUGCAGCUCCGCAGAGAAAUGUCCUUAGCCAAGCUCGGCUACUACAAGGACCAGCUGUGACCGACGGACAGCCCCGCCCUCCAAUCACAGCAGACUCUGCCCCAAGCCCCGCCCUCCCCCUGGUUCUGGUUUCCUCUCAUCCCCCCCGCCCCCCCCUUGUGUGAGUGUGAUUUUGUGUGUGAGAGAGAAUAACUGUGGUUGUUUUCAAUCAUCACAAAAAAGGCUGAAAGACUGUGACGUCAGUGGUCUGUUGUCGUUACUGAUCUGGAGUUUUGGUGGGUUUCUGUUGAGAGUUUGAAUCCAAAAUAUGAUAUUUCCUUUGUUGAAACAUGUAACACUCCAAUAUAUAAAAACACCUGGCAUGAAAAGAGAAGUCAAAAAGUGAAAUAUGUUGGCAUUUAAACCCAUCUGAGGAGCUUUGACCUUUGCUUUUUUUUUCUCCCCUUUAAAAUAUAAAAGCGUAACAGGGCUGAAAUAAGUCGUCAUAAUAAUAAUAAAGACAACUGUGGACAGAUGGUGGAGGAUUAGAGCCACUGAGAGAAAGAAAAAUCUUAAAUUUAGACAAAAUAGUUGAAAUAUUUUGAGAAAAAGACGUAGUGUUAUGAGAAUAGUCAUUAAACAAGGAAAAAAAUAUUACAAAAAGUGUAAAUUUUGAGAAAAAACAAAAGAAUUUGAGAAUAAAGUUGUUUUUACAAAAGAAUUUAAUAUUUCAAGAAUAAAGUUGAACAUUUUUGAGAAAAUAGUUCUAAUGUUAUGAGUAUAAAUUGGCAAUUUUGAAAAAAACAAGACGUUCAGUUUUAAGGUGAAAAGUUGUAAUAUUUUGAGAAUAAAGUUUUAUAAAAUAUUAUAUUAGAUACUUAUUUUAAUACUCCAUCGCAGUCUGUCUGCUUUCUUAAGGCGGGAACACACACGUUAUGGUUGUUCACCCAAUUAUAAGUAUAAAUAAUUCGUCUUUAUUCUCAAAAUAUGGACUUUUUUUCUUUUUAAAUUACAGCUUAGUUCACACAUUUUCAUGACUUAUUCUUUAUAAUAUGACUUUAAUCGCAAAUUUUUUUUUUCUCACAACUGCAACUUAAUUCUCAUAAAAUUCCAACUUUAUCUCAAAAUAGACAAUUUUGAGGGAAAAGUCUGUCGUAGUGGCACAAGCAACUAAUACCUGUUACAGUGCUGCUGAAAUUCUUCAUUUAAAAAGUAUUUGGUAUUGCGUAGUCAAGUAGGUUGUGCUGAACCUUUUGUUCAGAAAUGUCUUCAGAAAAAUAAGACACCCACCAGUUAAUGUGACCAAACAAUCAAUUAUUGUUUAUAAAAUGAAACUGUGUAUAAGCUUAUAUUUAAUUUAGUUUGUGUUGUAGCUAAUGAUGGAGGCAGUCUGGGAAAUUUAAGGAAGUACAGUUAGAUGCAAAGAUAAUCAGAAGAUCAUGAGUACAAACUUUACUCUAAAGCUCCAUUCGGACUAGAUCCAUCUCUCUGAGAGAGGUGGGGGGAUUUUAACAUCACCUGCGAGGGUCAGUGAUUUUAAUCCGUGUGUGGGUAAUUUUUCACCCCCACCUCAGUAAUAAUUACAGCCGCAAUGACUUUCUGUUUUCCUGUGAACUUGCUGGUCCUUCUGCAGUUUAAAUCCCGUCUUUGUGUUUUAAAGUGGAUCUCUAAGUUUUUUCCUUCUACUUUUUUUUAUCGGCUCAGUUUGAAAUUUGACUUUUGUGUGAAAAUGGAGGAAGUCAAAAAUGUUUUUGCUAAUCUGACAGAUGGAAACAUGCUAACACCAACAUAUCAGCCCGUUUGGGAACCAAUGUGACGACAUAAAAAAAAUAAUACCAUCAGGAGAGCGAGACCCUGUAAAAGCUCAUCAGAUGUGCCAUUGUAAUGUCAGUUACAGGCGGGAACUGUCAUUCUAUAUUUGUUUACAUUUUGGCAAAUUGGUGCCAUUUAAAAGUAUGUCGAAUUAGCUAUUAGCAGUUCCUGUUUGCAGUGUACCACAGGCAUCUAUCACUGGAUUACUCUGAUACUGAAGACAAUUUAAAAACGUGGAAUUUCGCAGGCAAGUUUUGAAGUGUCUUUUUAAUGUGAUGUCUAAGCUGAUUUAUGGACAUUUAUUCUGGAUAGACAUCAGAUAAUGAUAUCCUCGGAAAGUGUAAGUCGCACUGAAUGAUUUUAAUGUGUUUCAGGAGUGCGAUUUUUGACUCACAUUUAUCUCACGCAGUAUCUUUGCCUCACCUUCAACUCUCUGGCGCCCCCCUAUGGAGGCUUCGUCCUGCUGAAUGUCCACGUCUAUUACAAACCAUAACCUGUAAUUUCCCAAUGGGUAAAAUGCCGUCUGGAACGAUGUGUUAAAUUACUGAGCACAGUGAAUAUUUCAUUCCCCACCUCCCCCUGUAAUGUUAAUCCCGUCCGAAUGGGGCUUAAAAAUGUCUUUUCAACAGUAUAAAGGUUCUCUGUAUGCAGGAAAGGAAUAUUUUAUUUAUAAUUGUUAUUUUGUUGUCGGGGUGGUUUCAGGCGUUGGUGAAGCUUCAGGAGUCGGGUUUAAGGAAAAAUUAAACACUACAUUUACAUUUUACUUACUUUGAGAUACUUUGACAAAGAAAUUGUGGGGACAUUUUCCUUUAAUAGCUCCUGGUGUUUUCUGCCUGCUGUAUUUAAUCAAUCAGGAAAUGUGUAGAUAGUAAGCUGUGUGUGUGUGAAUGCUGAGUGUGUUUGUAUGCCUGGUGUUGUGUAAACUUUAUAUAUGUUAAUUUAAACCUGACAGCACUCCUCUGUCUCUCUCUCAUUCAAAGUCAAUGUCAUUCUCCCGGUUUGGUUUAGUGCCUUUUCUCUCAGACACUCUGAAAUAAAAACAGUAAUACCUCUGGAAA